CUCCGUGUGAUAUAACCUAAAUUAAUAUUUUUUCGACUUUUUUGUCGAAAGUGUUUUGAAAAUUAUUAGUUCAUAUUUUGCUCACUCAUAAACGGUUCUUCAAAGGACAAUUAUCCGCCGGAAGGUACGGGAUAUGAACUACCCCGAACCAUUGUGGGAAAUUAAUGGAAAUCAAGCACAGGUCAUAAGUACGGAAAUGUCUCAAUACGUAGGAAGUGAGCUAAGCACUUAUCCAAUGUGGGAUAGUUCAGUUUUAUAUCAAACACCACCACCAACCCAUCCUCAUGUCAAUGAACAUGGUUUAUACAGACAACCAUGUGCACUAUUACAUCAAAGUCGAUACACACAAAAUGGACGUUCACCAAACCUUCCAUCAUCGACGUCAAAAAAACCAAGACGUAGAGUGGCUACUGUGUCCCAACGAAGGGCUGCAAAUAUUAGAGAAAGGCGCAGAAUGUUUAAUCUGAAUGAGGCUUUUGACAAACUUCGGCGAAAGGUACCAACUUUCGCUUAUGAAAAACGUCUUUCAAGAAUCGAAACUCUUCGUUUGGCCAUCACGUAUAUUGCAUUUAUGGGAGAACUUUUGGGAAUCGAGCCAAGCAGCCCAAAACCAGAAUACAUACCACGAGAUUAUUAUUUGCCAAACUAAGAUUCGCCAUGACUUACGAAUUUUGGACUAAUGUCUUCCAUUAAUUUUAAAGAAACUUAGAUCAAUUAUUCGAAGUUUUGAUCUAAGAAGAAGUACGCUUAUUGUAAAUUGAAAAUUAAUAAUGAGUCAUUAUUAAUUCAAUAAUUUGAGUGAAAAUUACUAUUCAUCUUUUAUCAGUGAGAAUUAAGGCAGCAUGAGGCUUAUUAUUUUUGGGUGUGUAGAAAAAUAUCACUAUAUCAAAAAUAUCAUAAUAAAUAUAAUCAUCAUAUCAUUAUUUAUGUAAUAUUAAUGUUACACUUAUAUUUUUAUGUUUUUUUUUGU